ACUGCAGUAGUCCCGGGAGCUCAAGUAGUGAACCUUCCCUAAAUAUCUUUCUCCAACAAAACAUAAUCAAAAGUUUUCAGUGAAAAUAUUCUGUAAUCAUUUAGAUAAAGUACCAAAUUGCAUGACUAUAAAAAUUCCACAGUUCAUCAAAUUCGAUUAAUUUUCAGUAGUUGAUGAACGCGGUAGAAUCAAGGAGGAAGGCGUGAUUUUGUGGUUACCUGAUAGGGAGGUCAUAAAUUUGGUUUAGUAGUGAAGCUAGGAAGCCGGGCAGGCAAUCGGAGUGCAUUAACUAGUUGGUUUGGUGGAUUUUUUUUUGGUGGAACAAGGACGAUGUAUAAUAAUUUGAUAGAGCCACAAUGUGCAGCAAACAGUAUAGGUUUGGCGAAUGGGCUGAUCACUACUUUGGUUUCAACGCUUUUGACGAUGCACUGUAAUAUCAGUUCGAAUGAUAUGUGGCCGCAGGAUUAUGGCCCAAUGGCACUAUUACAUGGAGUGGAAACAUAUGAUUUCGUGAUCGUUGGAGCAGGGUCAGCCGGAUCUGUUGUUGCCAGCCGUUUGGCAGAGGUUCCACAGUUCAAAGUUUUACUCAUAGAAGCUGGUGGGAAUCCGCCCAUUGAAUCAGAGAUCCCCGGAGCAUCUUACGCACAUCGGUUCUCCCAAUACGAUUGGCAAUAUCCAACCCAUUCGAAUCGUAUUUCCUGCCUAGCAAUGAAUAACGAAUCAUGUAUUUGGAGCAAAGGAAAAGUCCUUGGAGGAUCUAGCUCGAUAAAUUCCAUGUUCUACAUCCGAGGUAAUCCAAGCGACUACAAUGAAUGGGGUCAAGCGGGUAACACAGAUUGGGAUUGGGAACACCUCCUACCAUAUUUCAUGAAAUCAGAAAAUUUCCAAGGUGACAACAAAUAUGACAUGCACGGUCUUGACGGACCAAUGACUGUAGGACCGUUCCAAUCAUCGCGGUAUGACCAACUAAUGAUAAUGCAAGCUGCCGAACAAAUGGGGUACCCUUCUGUUGAGGAUUUUGUAGAUGGACACUAUCUAGGAUUUGGCAAUAUCUACGGGACUGUUGAGGAUGGAAGGCGUGUAAGCACAGCGAAAGCCUUCCUUGUGGAUGACAAGCCGAACUUACAUAUCAUUAAAAAUGCAGUGGCGAAAAAACUACAUUUUGAUCCGUCGAAACAAGUAACCUCGUUGAGUUUCGUGUACAAUGGCAAGCAUGAGAUGAACGUGAAAGCAAAUAGGGAGAUCAUCCUCUCAGCAGGGUCGAUUGAAACACCGAAGCUCUUGAUGUUGUCAGGUCUAGGUCCAAAAACGCAUCUGCAGGCUCUAGACAUUCCCGUCAUGGUAGAACUACCGGUUGGUGAAAAUUUACAGGACCAUCCAUGCGCUAUACUCUUCUGGAAAUUCGAGUACAAGUACAAGGUCAGCCCCGAACUACGGACCUUAGACACAAUAUACAAACAAUGGGUGCAUAGGACCGGGAAAUAUGGUAUUGGUCCCUUAGACAUCGGGGCCUUCCUGAACACGAAAGGUGCAAGUGAGUACCCCGAUCUGCAGUUCAUCUACACACCAAUUGACAACAUAACCGAAUUCGGAGUAAACUUCAAAAAGCCAAUCCUCCGAAGUCUUGAGCAACAAAUAAACCCCGGGGACUACGUAAUAGCUGUUCAUGUCAUAUGUCUUCGGCCCAAAUCUAGAGGGUUCGUUCGUCUAGCCAGCCUGGAUUACCGGGACCACCCGGAAAUCUUCCCGAAUACCUUCCAAAAGGACGCUGACAUGGAUGCUAUCAUCUACGGAAUACGGAAGCAGUACGAGUUUCUGGAUUCAAAGAUAUUCCAGAAGCAUAGUGCUGGAAUCAUUCGGGUGGAUUUGCCUGCUUGUGACCUGCAUCGGUUCAAAACUACGAAAUAUUGGGAGUGUUACGUGAAAUAUAUGUCGAAUUCGGUAUUUGAUGCAGUCGGGACUGCUAAAAUGGGUCAUAGACGAGAUUUGAUGGCGGUAGUGGAUCCUGAGUUGAAAGUUCGAGGUACAAAGGGGUUGAGGGUGGUGGAUGCCAGUGUUAUGCCGAGUAUUGUAAGUGCAAAUACGAAUGCAGCGACAAUUAUGAUAGCAGAAAAGGGUUCGGAUUUGAUAAAAAGGACAUGGGGUGUAUUAUAAUUUUAUAUAUAGUUGAUAAU